AUGAAUCAAAAAAAAUUCGAUCAAGCUAUUCACUAUCUAAAAUACAUUAACGUCUUUGUCAAACCAGUCGAUUUGUUCCUCCUUAAGCAAGGGGGACACAGAACUUUGCUGGGCACCUUUAUGACCAUGGGGAUAAUUUCCGUGCUUUUAAUCCAAUUUAUCAAUAUCGUUUCGUCAUUUGUAAUACACGACAAUCCUACUUUACUUACUAACCAAUCAUAUUCACAACAGCAACCCCCAAUAUAUUUAUCGAAAGAAAAUUUCACGAUUACUAUCAGUUCUCUAAAUUAUGAUCUUGGAGAUUCAUAUACUGUUUCAAUGUGGUUGGUGUCUCAAAUAUUUGAAGAUAAAACAAACUCAAAGAUGACUCCUAAUAUUGAAAGAACAAAUAUCCCUCUAAUUAAAUGUUAAAAACAAGAAGGCCUCCACGAUUAUUUUGUCAAUACUUCUCUGGUUCAAUAUUGCAUUGAUUGGGAGUCAGUUCCACAUGUAAUUAUAGAGGGUAGUUUGGAUUCAGACUAUUAUAAGUAUAUAGAAGUUUCUAUUAAUCAAUGCGAAGAAACUAGCAGUAGAUGUCCCUUAAUAGAAAAUGAUGAAAUCAUUAUUAAGACAUUAUCGACUUAUGCAGACACUAUGAACUUUGACCAACCCCAUCAAUUAUAUGGCAAGACAUUUAAAAAUGUUAUAAACUAAUAUUACACCAAAAGAUUCAACGGUAUCUUCCAAAUAACAGAAGUCAAAUAAGAUCACGGAUACAUCUUGCAAGAAUUAGAAACCACUAAAUCUCUUUCGAUAAAUAAUCUAUAUGAGAACUUUGACUCCCAAGAUGAAAAAGUAUAUGCGACAUAUCGCUUCUACUUAGAUAAUUUGACAUAAAUUUAUCAAAUCUCAUAUCCCAAAAUUCAAUAAAGUCUAAGUGACUUCGGUGGUCUAUGUGAAAUCUUCAUUUUAGCUGCUUUAUUUAUUGUAACUCCCCUAAACGAAUUAUCUUAUAAAGUCACCCUCUUGAAUGAAUUAUUCAACUUUAACCUUAACAAUUAAAACGAAGAGUAGUAACAAAAGAUACACCCAAGUAGUACUGCUAAAUAAAGGUUGAAGUCAAUUCAAUUGAAAACCUCGCAAUUAGAGAGGAUAAAUCGAUAAAUGACAACAAAUGGGAGGAAUUCAGAGAAGAACGACCAUAAGUUUUUGAUUAAUGCCUUGCAGGAUAGUAUCAAACGAUUCUUCGAUGAGAGAAAUAGUAAAUUAGAAUUAUCUUUUUGCGAUUACAUCCCUUGUGCAAGAGGUUAAAAGUAAUAAUUGAUCUCGUAUUCAAUGAGCAAGAUUAAUAAUUCUCUUGAUAUUACUUACAUUGUAAAGAAAUUGCAAGAAAUUGAUAAAUUAAAAAUGAUUUUAUUGUCCCCAGACCAAAUAAAAUUAUUUGAUUUCCUACCGAAACCGAAUAUAGAUUUGCAUUCUAGUAAUAAGCAAUCCUAUUUUUCAAUUCUAAAGCCUGAGUAAUCAGAACUUGAGAAAGCAAUUGAAGCUUAAACAGCAUUCAACAAUCUUGCCAAAUUUAAGGAUGAUCAAAUUAACCAACAUUUGGUUGAAUUCUUAGAUGAUGAUAUUAUUCAACUGUUUAGGAUCAACAUGAGAAAGGAAGUCAAAAGUUUAACUAACUUUUCUCCUGUUACAUAGACACAUUUUCUGUCCGACCUCCCAAGUAGAAUGCCCCAAAUUGAAUAAUAGGAUGAUUCAGAUUCUGAAUCUUCUCCCUCAAUCAAAUCUAUAUAAAAAGUAGAUUCAUGA